CUUAGAUUGAGUCAGUAGGUCUGUCAGUCAGGGGUUGACGUCAAUGUGGUGAGGUUUGGAACCACUAACCCGGUUGUACACUUAUCACCAUGGUUGAGACCCGUAGUGGGAAGGAGACUAGCCCCUACACCACUGAGCAGCAAGAAAAGAUGGCCGCCUUAGUCAGAGAGAAUAAGGAGAGGAAAGAGCGUGAAAAGCAAGCCAAGCUAAAGGCUACUGCAGACGAGCAAGCGGCGAAGAUGAAGAGGUUGGAGGAGGAGAUGAAGAGGGUACAACAGGAGGAAGAAAGAAGGAAGGCUGCUGAAGCAGAAGCGGCAGCAGAAGAAGAGAAAGAGAGAAUGAGAAUUGAGAGUGGAGAAGGGAGCAGUGGUGGCACGAUGAAGUGGGAGACAGACACUGAGCUGGAGAAGAAGAUCAGCGAGUGGAUCGCUAAUUUAUCGUUGGGGGAAGACGAGGAGGCGGAGUCCUAUGCGACUAAGGAUGAGAAGGCUGCGUUGGCCGCUGAGCUAGCAGCCAUGACAGACCCAAUGGAACGAAGAGAGGGAAGACGAGCAAAAAGGCCCUACGCUGACAAGUCUCAGCAGGCCGGCAUCACAUUCGAUCAAUUGAGUAGGGAGGUCGUCCUAUACGAGUCAAAGUCUAUGCCAGUUACCACUUUCUGGCAUAAGGACCUGGAGAAGGGRAAGAAGUGGAAGAAUCGUACUAUCUCGGGCCAUGUAAAGGCCAAGGAUCACAUGAUCCUGACGUUAGAGAAAGGUGGUACUGAUGAGGUCCCDUAUGAUCAGAUUGAGUGGGGCCUUGAAAAUGAUGGCAGUAGUGUGGGCCAAGGGAGGUCUUUCGCUGCUGUCGCGGCUGGAGGGAGGCCGCAAGGAGGAGGAGGCCAAGGCCAAAGGGCUCAGGCCAUGGGAGGCCGAGGACCGGGCGCACAGGGGGUUGGCGAACAGGGAAACCGCCAAGCGGGAGUCUACUUAGAUGAUAUCCUAGUCUUUAGUAAGACCCUCCAGGAGCACCAGGGUCAUCUGAGGCAGGUCUUGGAGAAGCUUAGAGAGGCUAACUUCAAGAUCAAUAAGAAGUGCAUGUGGGCCAAGACGCAAGUCUUAUACUUGGGCCACGUGUUGGAAGAUGGCAUUAAGCCAGAGGACAACAAGAUCACGGUCAUAGAUUGGUCGAUGCCCCGCACAUUGACAGAGUUGCGGUCGUUCCUAGGCUUAGCUAACUACUAUAGGAAGUUAGUAAGGAACUUCUCUACUAUCGUAGCUCCCUUGCGCAGCUUGCUGAAGAAAGAGGCAAUCUGGCAAUGGGACAAAGACUGUACGUCUGCGCUCAAGAAGCUAAAGCGCGCGUUAAUAGAAUAUCCUGUCCUCAAAGUUGCAGAUCCGUCUUUGCCAUUUGUCGUCACCACGGACGCGAGUCAGUAUGGGAUAGGCGCCGUGUUGCAACAAGACGACAGCAAUAGCUAUAGACCCGUAGAGUUCAUGUCCGCGAGGAUGCCCUGAGAGAAGGUCGCUACCUCCACGUACGAGAGGGAACUCUACGCUCUCAGGCAGGCUUUAGACCAUUGGAAGC